CUGGCCUCGACGAGCGGCGCGGACUAACCGAGGUGGUGAUGGCAGGCCGGCCCGUCUUCCUCAAGCCGUCGAUCUGGUCGACGCGCUACGGUGCCAACUUCUUCACGGUCAACGUCGAGAGCUACGUCGUCAAGGACAACACGUUCGCCGCGUACGCGCUCGAGCUCAAGCGUGGCAGCACGUCGUGGGUCGUGCACCGCCGGUACAGCGAAUUCGCGACCUUGUGGGGCCAGCUCUACGGCCUCGGCGACCGGCUUCCGACCAUGCCGCCCAAGACGUACUGCUUUCGCGACUUGAGCCCAGACUACUUGAAGACGCGCCAGCGCCUCCUCGAAGAGUGCAUCUGGCAGCUGCUCCAGAUCCCGGGCGUGAGCGAGAUUCCGGCAGUCGUCGAGUUUCUCGAGCUCAAGGCUUGAGAAGGAUGCAACUUAUAGUAGUCGUGUUGCGUGUCCUUCUUAUACCUCGUCUAUUUCUUACCCU